CGCGAAACUCCAUUAACGAUGCCGGAACUUCCAGAGGUGGAAGCUGCUCGAAGAGCAAUUGAAGAAAACUGUAUCGGAAAGAAGAUUAAACGAUCGGUUGUCGCCGAUGAUGCUAAGGUCAUUGACGGCGUUUCACCUUCCGACUUUGAAGCAUCUCUCACCGGAAAAACAAUCGUUGCCGCUCAUCGGAAGGGGAAGAAUAUGUGGAUUCAGCUCGAUUCUCCUCCAUUUCCAUCUUUCCAAUUUGGAAUGGCGGGUGCCAUAUAUAUCAAAGGUGUCACGGUCACAAAGUAUAAACGGUCUGCAGUUAAUGAUACAGAUGAGUGGCCUUCCAAAUAUUCCAAGUUAUUUAUAGAACUAGAUAACGGUUUGGAGCUAUCCUUUACUGACAAGAGGCGAUUUGCGAAAGUCCGCUUGCUUAAAAAUCCAGCUUCUGUGGCCCCAAUCUCUGAGCUUGGUCCAGAUGCAUUAUUGGAGCCAUUGACAGAAGAUGAACUCUUUAAAUCACUAAGCAAGAAGAAGAUUGGGAUUAAGGCUCUCAUACUUGAUCAGAGUUUUAUAUCGGGUGUUGGCAAUUGGAUUGCAGAUGAAGUGCUGUAUCAGGCAAGAAUCCAUCCCCUACAGAGUGCUGCCAGCAUAUCCAAAGACAGUUGUGCAGCACUGCACAACUCCCUGAAAGAGGUUAUUGAAAAAGCUGUUGAAGUUGGGGCUGAUAGUAGCCAGUUUCCUAGUAACUGGAUUUUCCAUUCCCGAGAAAAGAAACCUGGGAAGGCUUUUGUCGAUGGAAAGAAAAUCGAGUUUAUCAAUGCUGGAGGCAGGACAUCUGCAUUCGUACCCGAGCUGCAAAAGCUAAGUGGAGAACAAGCAGCUAAAGCAGCGGUCAAACCACAAAAGAGGUCUAGUAAGAAGAACAAAGACGAAGAUGAUGAACCAGAAAGCGAGGAUGAAGAAAUUGCCAAGAAUGCAAAACCGGAAGGAGGGAAGAAAACAACUCAAAGUAGAGCUAAGAAUCCUAAUACAAAAAGGAAGUCGAUCGAAAAUGAUGACAAAAGCUCUGAUGCCAAUGAUAAAAAAUCUGCAACAAGAAAGAAGUCAAAGGGUAGUAGUGAAGUUGAUGAGCAUCAGAAGGGAAGUAAAGGACACAAGAAGCCUCCUGCAAAGAAGAAGGCACAGGAAAGUGAGGAAGAUAGUGAUGAUGAUGGUGAAGAGGAAGGGGAAGAAGAGGAGAGGGUUCAGGUGAAGGGAAAAAAGGAGGUUGCUAAGAAAGUUCAGACUGGUAGGCAGACCAACAAGAGGGCAAAAUAAUCUUUUUUCCUGGUCUAGUUUUUGUAACCAUUAUGUGUGGCCAACUAAGGACUUGUAACCUUGUUUUGGUAUAUAUCUGGCCAUGGUGCAGCUGAAUUUAAUCUGUUGAAAGUGAUCAAGCUGGUGAAUGAUUACUGAUGAUGAUUAACUAUUCCAAAGUGUAUUAUUGUUGUAUCUCUUUAUGAAGAAAUGAAAUGAUUGCAACGCUCAGUUUGUGAAC